AUUACUGCUCCACUGCACAGGAAUGUCCUGUCAUGGUCUGCGUGGCAGGGGCAAGAGGAGGAGAAUGUGUGUCUCUCCAAGAAAUAACAGUCUGACUACUCUCUGACGACUGCAAAUAGAGGAUUUGGCAUUGGACUUUCAAACCCGUUCAUGACUGCAAGUGCCACAGAUGUGGUCGGGAGUCCAGAGACUGGAAAGCUUUCCGGUCACUUUCCACCUCCAAGGACCUCGUCUGCCUCCAUCAGCUCCCGGUCGACCUGUGACGGGAUCCACUUCCCCAAACCUGCGACAAACUUUUCCGGGGGAAGAGUCUCAUUCACAUCCAUGAGCACGAAGAGAGUGUCAAACUCCAAACUGCAUGCGCAUGAACUGAAUUCCACCGGCGAUUCACCAAAUGAGCUCCGACAGGCCUCCACGCCACCUGAUGGAUUGCUAGUGAGAGAUCCAGGAAAGAGGAAACUCGUGCAACACCGUUGGAGCAACACAGAGGUCGGUUUAAAGCGAGAUGAAUUAGGUGGCCCACUAAUGAACCUGUCCUCACAGCCUUUGUACCGCACUUGUAUUCAUUGCAAAGUGCCUCUGAGGUCCGCGAGCUGUGUUGUGUUUAUAGACAAGUCACUUUCCAUUUCACUUGUGGACCCAGAGGGAGAAAGAGCAGGUGAGAACGCUUUGUACAGAUCCACCUUGUCUGUCCGCCUCGGUGUCGCGGACACCAAAGCCGCCAAAACAAAUGGGAGACACAGAACCACCAUGUCGAGCAGCAACAAACGCCAAGGGAGAGCUUUGGGUCGCUGCCGUGGCCCUCUAUCAAAGCUGCCGGGCCGCAAGGUCGAGCAAACAGCCCGUACUAAUGGCAGCAACAAAACUUGCAAUUUAGACGCACGGCAGCACAGCUCUUCUUUGGAAUUAUUGUCAUUCAGAGGACCAAAGCUGUCAAAUACAAAGGCUGGCAGGCAGAAGGGGAAUGCAGAUGAGGCUGCCUCCUCUUCCCGGAGCAAUUUCAGGCACAGGCAGCACAUUUUCAAUAUUGGCCCAGUAGACUCCAGAACGUGGAGCAAGAAGACGGACAGCGCAGGAGAGCCUGAGUGUCCAACAGAAGCCCAGAAAGUCUCCGUCUCAGAUGAGACCUGUUGUUCCCACUCACAGCUGAAGACGUUGUCUCCACACAGCACAGACGAGACCCUCAGCCUCAGAGAGGCUUUGGAGCUCUUCAGGCCAGACUUCAUCAGUCGGUCGCAGGGUCGGGUGAGGAGGCUGGAGCAGAGGGCCAGGACAAGGAGAGUGCUGCAGGGCUCCAAUCCAGACCUGCUGCAGGGCCUGAGGGAGGAUCCCGGCAAGCCGAGGAGGAACUGCACCACACCUCAUCCACUUAGUGAUAACCUUUUCAAGCCCAGAGAGAGGUCCAUAUCAGGCCGAGAGAUGCAGCUGAGGUCCAGACGGAUUUACAACAAGCUGCCAGAGGUGACGAAGAAAAAGGAAGAGGAGAAAAAGAAGACUGAAUCACAGACCAACAGAUUGAGAGCAGAGGUCUUUAAAAAGAAGCUGCUGGACCAGAUCCUGCAGAGAUAAACAGGAGCAGAGGCACACGGGGAUCAUUCACUGUUAUUGCAGCCCUUUGUCCUCUGUGUAAAGUGCAGUAUAUUAAGCCUCAUGCAACCUUUUUUUGGAAAAAAACAUGACGUUCCUUACCUUAAGAGCAAA